GUCGCUUGAGAACGCAACUAAAAACAAGUUUUAUGCUAAAUAAUAAUAAAUAAAUAAAUAAACGCAUCGCAAUACCAAAAUACAAAGUCGAAGAAGUCGAAAAGGUGCAAGAAAAAAAAACAAGUCAGAACGUGGCCAGCGACAGGAGUCGACCUGGCAAAUACCCUGUGCAUAGUGCAAAAGAGAAAAGCAGUUGAGAGCACAUUUUUGUAUCUUGACUCUAAAACUGUAAAAGCAGUAGCCCUCAAACUUAUAUUCAAUUAACUCUUGACAAAUUCGCCACAAGAACAUUGGGCUUCACAUACCCCCUUGGCACACUCGUGUUUAGGGUAUAAAAAGUGACCUACAAAUACGGGUUUUGCGCCGCGCAGCCAAUAACAGCGACAACGCGUGAGAACUGAGAAGUAAAUGGCAGCAGCAGCAGCAGCAACAACAACAAACGAAAUGCAGGCAACACUUGCGGUUAAGCGGCCCGGUCCGCCAGUGCCGCCCAGGCCCAAAACAGCAACAGCAACAGCAGCAGCGGCAGGAGCUGGGACCGUGGCAACUGCCACGCCCUGCCCGCCGCUCAUACAAAAGAAGCCCACAUUUGUUAGCCAACUGAGCGCCGUGGGACGCACCUUGGUAUACAAGUCGCCCUCGCUGAAUCUGCAAAAGAAGCAGGCGCAAACACAGACGCCCACCAUGGCGCUAGUGAACAGUGCAACGGCAACAGCUGCAGCAGCAGCAACAACAGUUGGUCCAGCAACAACAACAGCAGCACCAACAACCCCGCCUGCUGCACCCGCAACGGCGCCCAAGCCGCCGCUUAAGCUACGCAAAGCGCCCGCUGUGCCCACAGCCAAACCUCGCGAAUCGGUUGUCAGCGUGAAUCGCGCCAAUAGCCUGAGCGCACAGACCACGCCGCCACACAAGGACACGCGCCUGAGCCUGGGCAAGGUGGAUUUCGAGCGAGCAGGUCUAUUGCCCGCUGCACAGCCGCUGCCCAAGCCGCGGAAGAUUGUCCAGAUGCCGGUGGCUACUUUGGAUGUGGAGGAUGCGCCCGUGAGCAGCAUCUUCAGGCGCUCGAAGACAACGCUGGACAGUCCGCUGUCCAGUCAGGGUGGCGGAGGCAGCUAUUUGGGCGGCAAAACCGUUGAGUUCAAGAAUAAUCUUAAGAAUGCUGCCGAGCGUUUGUUCUCUGAGAUCAUCAUUAGCCAAACGCAAAAGCAAACUCUGGCCGACACGACCAUUAUAACCAAGCAUGAGCGCGCCAUACAGCAUCAAGCACUGUUGGAGCAGGAGCUGGCCCAGGAGCGUCACAAGCGACAGCAGCAGAAGCAGCAACAGCAGCAGCAGCAGCUGGAGCGGGAAAGGAAACAGGAGCUGGAGCAGGAACAGUUGAGCCAGGUGAUUCAGGCAGCAGGCAACUGCACGCGCAUCAACAUAAAUGCCAGCAACAGCCAGGCCCAAACCCAGCCCAAAUCGAAGCCAAUCAAGAGUUCGGUCAGUGCGGGCAAUACGCCCGAGAAGAAGCAUGCCUUCCAUGAGCUGCUCAUCUCGGAGCUGGCGGCUAUGCGCAAUCGUGCCUGCUCGCUGGAACAGUUGCCCACUAAGUGGCAGGCCACGCCCACUAAGACGCGUCAGCGCUAUAAUUCGAUUGAGGACGCCGAUACGGAGGAUGUGGACGCUGAUAAUGUGGAAGAUGCCGAUGGCGAUGAGGAGGACGACACACUGACCUAUGCCGUCAAUAAAUCACUGAAGGAUAAUGCGAAUGGCAGCUCGACGCCACGCAAACGUUGCCCCUCCGGCUGCUCCUCGGACUCGUCGCCUUAUGGAACAGAGCGCUCGCAGCGCAUACGUACGUCCGAUUGGAUUGAGGUGGGGGAUAAUGGCAAGCAGGUGACACUCACCAGCUGUCACAUUAGCCUGGAGGACUCGGGCAUGGAGGACGAGGAGCGACUGGAUGAUAUGUCAUCAUCGGGCGUCGGCGAUAGCUGGGACAGCGUCAAGGAGGCUGAGCGAGAGAACGAGAAGCGAAGUCGCAAUGUCAAACGCGGAAUGUCCAUAAGCGGCUUGCCGCCAUUGCCAAAAUCAUUGAGUGGUUUCAACAAGCUGCUCGGCUCCGAUUCGGGUCUCUUGAGCGAUGUGGAUCUGGCGCAGCAGGAGCUUAAUAACAACAACAAUAACAACAGCAGCAGCAGCAAACAGGAGAACGACAGCGGCAACAAAUUAGCAAGCCAAAUAGUUAGUGAUAACAACAACAAAAGCAACAACAACAAUUUGAGCGGCGAUAAGCAAGCAUCUAAAGACAGCAGCAGCAAAGAUAAUGCAAACGAUAAAUCAGCAACGGCUACAGCAGACGCUGCUACAGCAACACCAAUAGCAGCAGCAGCAGCAACAGCAACAGCUACAACUACAGCUACAACAGCAACUCCCAAUGCAAAUGAAAAUGAAAACAAUACAACAACAGCAAUAACGACAUCAACACCAAGCUCACCUGCAAAAAUCAAUGUAACGGGCAGCACUUUGGACGCGCAGAUAGCGACGCUGCGCAAGGAAAUGUACGGACUGCGUCAAUUGGAUCUCUCACUGCUGUCACAAUUGUGGGCGCUAAACGAUUCCAUACAGGAGUUUCGCACGAUGAUCGAGGAACAGGAGGGGGAGGAGGACGACGACGAUGAAGAUGAUGAGGAGGAGGAGGAUGCGGAUGAUGAUGUUGAACUGGAUGAGCAGGGCAAUCGCAGGCAUUCACCGACGCCCUCAUCAUACGAUUCGGUUAGCUCGGAAGGCGGUGCCGAUGCGGAUCUUGUCAAGGCGAAGCGUCUGGGCACCAAACCAAAGGUCAUAACGACGCAGCCAAAGCAGCUCCAGCCGAAGGGUGAAAUGAAGCCUUUGCCACGCAUGCGCAGCGCACCGCCGCCACCACCGCCCGUCGCGCUGAUGUGCACCGCACGCAAGGCGGCGGCACCGCCACGGCCCACAUGAUGUUACCUAACCGACUUCCUAGCCGGAGUCAGGAUGGUCAUGUGCAAGGCGAUUGUGAGCGAUGUGCCGCCCCCGCCAACGCCGACGAAGACGUCAACGUCGCCGUCCGCUGCAUUGGGUAGCAUUUGAGAUGGAGCCGUAGUUGGAGCAGCACUUGGCAAGGGCAUUUGGAAGUCGGCUAACGAAUAUUGUUGACAUGCACCAUCCCUAGUUAGUUUACACAAACGAUAAACGAUAGACGAUCAACGAUAAACGUUCAUCGAUAGGGGAUAAUCAUUAUGCAUAUAUAUAUAUAUAUAUAUCUAUAUAGCCCUAAGCCGCAUAGCCGUUAAGUUUAGCAGUCCUUUGUGUGAUCUUCAGUUGUAAGUUUUAUUGUAAAUUGAGUGUUUAUUUUUAUUUUUAUUUCUAUUUUCGUUUUCGUUUACUUCUGAUUUUGAUUUCGAUUCGUUGGCCCAGGCUCCGCGACAUAAUUUAGGGCUACAUCUUUGGGGUUUCUUUAACUGGGGUUCAGCUACAACAUAUUUAACACCUGCAACUUUAUUGUUUUUAAAAUAAAAAAUAUAUAUAUAUAUAUUUUGUCUUACGAUUGAAACUAACUUCAUGCAGAACCACAAUAUAACUUCAAAUAUAUUAUAAAAACUAUGAGCAAUACAGUGCUUUAGACUUAAGCUAGGAUCUGCACUACUUGUAUAUGUAUAUAGCCUCUCACUAAAACGAAUCCUGCGCUAAAACUAUGUUUGGCUUCUUCUCCUGCUGCUGCAAUUUUAAGCAAAAAUAAAGAAUAUCAAAACGAAACUUGAAACGAAACGUUGUCGCA